AUGCGUGUUGUGUCGCUGCGAAGACGCAGAUCCGGACAGGUGCGGGCCAAAACUGAGGCACCAAUGGAUCUGGGCUCAUCAGUUUUGCCUGGUGAGUUCCUUUGGGGAUGGUUUCAUCUUUGCAACGCACCUGCCCUGCCACAUGCCCCUCACCAUCUCCUUGUCUCUGCUCUUCUGCAGCUUUUUGCCAGCGACCUUCGUCCAAAAGGGACCGAUCGGGAAGGAGAUAUAGAAUUUAGUCCUAAAGAGGUUUAUCGUACAGCCCAGCUGGCAGCCCAGAUGGGGCUGCUCUGCUCUUUCCAGGUCUGCUUCGUGUGUGGCAAGAGGGGGGCCACCAUCACCUGCGAGGAGUUGGGCUGCGGCCGCAGGUUCCAUCUCCCCUGUGCCGUGGAGGGUGGAUGCGUCACCUGUUACUGCCUGCCAUACAGUUCCUUCUGCUGGGAGCACCGCCCACAGCAGCAAGAGCUUGUGGCUCCAGAGAACACCAACUGCCUCAUCUGCGUGGAGCCUGUGGAAGGCAGAACGACCUAUGGGACCAUGGUGUGCCCAGCCUGCAAAGAUGCCUGGUUCCACAGGGCCUGCAUCCAGGGAAUGGCUCUGCGUGCUGGAUCUUUCUGCUUGCAGUGCCCUGUGUGCCUGGAUACGAGACAGUUUGUAAUGGAAAUGUUCUUCAUGGGGAUCCGAAUCCCCACAAGGUUGGUGUCCUCCUGGCCAGCACUGUGCCACGCCUGGACCUGCCCCCGCUGUUGUGGCCCUCUGCUGGGCCCCAAGUGUAGGCUUUAGCUCCAUGGAGGAGGUGGAAACAGGGUGUGGGGAGAAGAGCGGGGAGGCCGUGCAUGUGCCUUAUGCUGGGUAACAGGGGCUCAUCAAUUUUCCUUUCUCCACCAGACCUCUGUCAUGGGAGGGCAACGACGCAUA